GGGGCUGCAGACGCUGAUCGUGGAGGCAGAACGAAUUGUCAAUUCAAGGCCCCUAACGUACUUGCCUCUAGAAUCAGAUGAAUCGGAAGCACUCACCCCUAACCAUUUCCUGCUUUUAAGCUCCAGUGGAAACCACAGAAAUGAUACACCGAGAAAGGCGCAACUGGAUCAUGCUGAACUUACUAUCUUACGCAAAGGACUUGGGAAACACUGGGAAUUAAUACAGAGCCAACUUGAUGCGUUCUGGAAGCGCUGGCUACAUGAGUACCUCCCCGUAAUACGAAGGCAGCAAAAGUGGUUCGAACAUUCAAGGUCACUGGAACAAGGAGAUCUAGUUCUAGUAGUAGAUCCCAUGAAGCGGAACCAAUGGGAACGUGGUCGCAUCAUCCAAAUGCUACCAAACUCCGAUGGAUACGAACGCCGAGCAAUCGUACAAGUAGGUAAUUCUAGACACAUCAGGCCCGUAUCCAGAUUGGCGCUGCUUGACGUUCAGGAAAAACGUGUAUCCCGUGAGAGCACCAGAAUACACCCGGGGGAGAAUGUUGCGGAAUCAAACAGCGACGAUGGCCACACUGGUGUCAUCGAACGACUCGACGAUUGACAAUUCGGAAACCACGUUCUCUAUUAGCGAAAAAGCCGUCACUAUUACGCUGUAUUUCCCUCGGUUAGCUCUGGAAGACGUAGGUGCAGGAUAUCUUAUUGAAAUUUAUUAAUUAUUGUUAAAUUUAUUGUUAUAAUUUGCUUCUCUCAGAUUCGCGUAGCUCAAGCUUUGAUUCUCAAUCAAUCGGUUCAUUACGAGUUAUAGUGGAAAUAGGAGUUAAUUCACAGUUAAGCACAUACGAAGUAAGCACAUUUGAGGUUAGGAUGAACCACAUUUUAUUAAAUAUUAAUUGCCCUUGCAGGACGUAUCAAUUCCACUUUAAGCAUUUAAAGGGCUCAAUCUUUUUUAUAAAGCGCAACUGAAAUUUUGAAGCGGUUAAUAAACGCUAUCGAAAGCAGUGCUCACCCUUUUUUUGUCUCGUAACAGUUGGCCUGAGCGUUUGGAUAAAGUUUUCAAGAAUAUUUACGCUAAUCAUCAUGAUUUAGAGGAAUUUGAAGGCUGUUUGUUGUUCCAAGGACGAGUAAUGAUUCCAUCGUCUUUGAGAAAUAAAAUUUUGAAAAUGCUACAUAAAAAUCAUUCAGGAAUGAGUAAAAUCAAACAGAUGGCCAGGAGAACUGUUUUCUGGAAUGGAAUCAACGACGACAUUGAGGAUUUUGUGAAAGCCUGUCAAAUCUGUCAUCAAACUACAGCAAUUAGAAAAACUGUUCCUUAUUCGUCAUGGCAACAAACCAACAAACCGUUUAGUCGUUUGCAUGCAGAUUUCUUCCAUUUUCAAAAGAAAACGUUUCUGGUGGUAGUCGACAGUCAUAGUAAAUGGCUUGAGCUCGAGUACAUGAGGUUCGGUACAGACUGCAGAAAGGUGUUGAAGGUGUUUCUAAGUAUCUUCGCUAGGUUCGGGCUACCAGACACAAUCGUGACAGAUGGAGGCCCACCGUUCAAUUCUGAGUAUUUCAAAGUGUUUCUGGAAAAACAAGGAAUCCGAGUCAUGAAGAGCCCUGCCUACCAUCCAGAAAGCAACGGACAGGCAGAACGAAUGGUCAGACUGGUGAAGGACGUUUGGAAAAAGUUUCUUUUGGAUCCGGAAAUGAACAAAUUGGAUACCGACGAGCAAAUAAGCUUUUUCCUUUUUAAUUAUAGGAACACUUGUUUAGAUUCAGCUGGUCAAUUUCCUUCAGAACGCCUCUUAGCUUUUAAACCAAAAACUUUAUUGGACUUAAUUAACCCUAAACAUAAUUUUAAACCAAAUUUUACUAAAAAUAUUGACGAUGAUGAUAAAUCAAUAACCGUGGAAAACAAGGUAUUACCUAAUCCUUUUAAUAAGCUUAAAAAUGGUGAUCUGAUCUACUAUAAAAAUCCUAAUCCGACUGAUGUUAGAAUUUGGUUACCUGCAAAGUUUCUAACACAUGUUUCGAAUAAUAUUUCACAGAUCUCGCUCGGUGGUCGCAUUCUUCAGGCGCACAGACGUCAAUUGAAGAUUUUGCCCGUUUCUCGCAGAGGAAGGAAAUUGGUACUGCAUCCCAAUAAUUUUGAUCGACGUAGCAACAUUCAGCAAACCAACAUCACUCAACAGCAUACUAAAAGGAGGAGAGAAGAUCAGGACGAUGUCAGUUCAGAUUCAGAUGCUGAAGGUUUUUUCGGUUUCCCAGCCGAUUCAUUUUUGUUUUCUGAGCAAGAAGCUCUACCGGAUUUGGUUCCAAUGGAGACGGAACUCGAGCAGCAAGUUGAUCAGGAAGCUGUUCCCGAGCAGCGUUCGAUUCGUCGUUCAACUAGAAAACCCAAGAAGCGAAAAUUAUGUGACUACGUGUACUUUUGAAUAGUUGAAAUUUUUUACAGUUUCUUAUCGAAUAAGUUUAAAGAACGUAAAUAUUUUGCGAACAUUUUAAGUAGUAUUUCAAAAUUUAGAAGAAUUGUUUUUGAAAUUUCAAGCUUGUUUGAAUUCGAAUUUAUAAACAAAUUUAAGGGAAAAGGAAUUGUUAUAAUUAAACCCAAAAACCUUAACAAUUUACUUUAGCAUGUAAUCGAUGAAGAGUAAAGGUGCAUUUACAGUUCUUUCGAACGUGAAAAUGAAAAAACUUAUAUUCUUCAAAAACUCGACUAUGCUGCAUUUCAUGGCUGCGAAACUAGGUGGAAUAGAUGCGGAAUGGUUGAAAGAUUAUUUUUGAACUGAUUUCCUUGUUCAAAGCCCUUUAAUCUUAAUUUUAUUUCAAUUCCCCCGAUUUUCACUGCGGAAUAUUUUUUCCGCGUUCACUGACAUUCCGCUCGAAGUGUAAACGCACUGAGCGAACGUGAAAACGGAAAACGAACAAGAGUGGUGAAUAUAAAUUCCGCGUUCAUUUUCACGUCCGAAUGGCAAUGUGCAUUCUGAAAAAAAUUUCACCGAUGACGGAAAAAUUUUUGCUUCAUAAAAAAUUAGUUUUUUUUAAUUUGUAAGCACAUUUGAAGGCAAUUAAAGGCUUAAAAUACUACGAGUUUGAAAUGAAACGCAUACGAUAUUUUUUUUAACUUUAAAACCCGCUUGGGCAUCAUUUAAUUGCACCUGUUGGGAGAGUUUCUCGACGAAUAAAUGUACCUGUUGGAAGAGCUUCUCAACGAAUAAAUGUAAAUGAAGAUCAUCGAAUGGCCAGAUUCCAUUGAAAUAAAAAAAAUAGAUUCCGCUUUGUUCAAAUGUGUGUUUCAGAAAAGGUAUGGAAAUAAUUAUGAAAAUUUAUGAAAUCAUUCAAAAAUAAUGUGUUUUAAGGAGAACUGAAAAGCAGAAAAAUUAACAAACA